GCACUGUGGAGCAUGAGUCAGGGCCCAGACACACAACCUUCGGACAGAGACGCAGGGAGAGGUCAGCGGUCAAGUUUUCAGCGGCGGAUUGGACAUGCAGUCAGCUCGGAUGACCCCGAGUAUGGGGCGACAGCUGCUGCGGCUGGGGGCCCGAAGCUCGCGGUCUACUGUGCUUCUGGGACAGCCCUGGCCUGCCUCUGCCCAGCGACUUUAUGCCAGCGAAGCCACUCAGACGGUUCUGGACAAGCCAGAUUCCCUCGCCUCUGAUGCGUCCACCAGAGAAAAACCAGCCAAGACGGAAUCUAAGUCCUUCGCCGUGGGGAUGUUCAAAGGCCAGCUUACCACUGAUCAGGUGUUCCCGUACCCAUCUGUGCUUGAUAGAGAACAGACACAAUUCCUCAAAGAGCUGGUCGGGCCGGUGGCCCGGUUCUUUGAGGAAGUGAACAACCCCGAAAAGAAUGACUCCUUGGAGCAGGUAGAGGAGACCACGCUGCAGGGCCUCAAGGAACUGGGGGCGUUUGGUCUGCAAGUACCCAGUGAGCUGGGCGGCCUGGGCCUCUGCAAUACCCAGUAUGCUCGCUUGGCGGAGAUUGUAGGCAUGCACGACCUUGGCGUCAGCGUGACCCUGGGAGCUCACCAGAGCAUCGGUUUCAAAGGCAUCCUGCUCUAUGGCACAAAGGCCCAGAAAGAGAAAUACCUCCCCAGAGUGGCAUCUGGGCAGGCUUUGGCGGCUUUCUGCCUCACGGAGCCCUCAAGCGGGUCCGAUGCAGCCUCCAUCCGUAGCUCAGCCGUACCCAGCCCUUGUGGAAAGUAUUAUACUCUCAAUGGAAGCAAGAUUUGGAUCAGUAAUGGGGGCCUGGCAGACAUUUUCACGGUCUUCGCCAAGACGCCAAUUAAAGAUGCAGCCACGGGGACUGUGAAAGAGAAGAUCACAGCUUUUGUAGUGGAAAAAAGCUUUGGAGGGGUUACCCAAGGACCCCCGGAGAAGAAGAUGGGCAUCAAAGCAUCCAACACGACGUCUGUCUUCUUCGAUGGAGUGAAGGUCCCGUCAGAGAACGUGCUGGGGGAGGUGGGGGACGGCUUCAAGGUUGCUGUCAACAUCCUCAACAACGGGAGAUUUGGGAUGGCUGCGACCCUAGCAGGCACCAUGAAAGCCAUCAUCGCCAAGGCGGUGGAGCAUGCCACUAAUCGCACCCAGUUUGGGGACAAAAUUCACAAUUUUGGGCUGAUCCAGGAAAAGCUGGCUCGGAUGGCCAUUCUGCAGUAUGUGACUGAGUCCAUGGCGUACAUGCUGAGUGCCAACAUGGACCAGGGAUUCAAAGACUUCCAGAUAGAAGCGGCCAUCAGCAAAAUCUUUGGUUCGGAGGCGGCCUGGAAAGUGACAGACGAGUGCAUCCAAAUAAUGGGGGGCAUGGGCUUCAUGAAGGAACCCGGCGUGGAGCGCGUGCUCCGAGAUAUUCGUAUCUUCCGGAUCUUUGAAGGGACGAAUGACAUUCUGCGACUGUUUGUGGCUCUGCAGGGCUGCAUGGACAAAGGGAAGGAACUGACUGGGCUUGGCAACGCCCUGAAGAACCCCCUGGGAAACGUGGGCCUCCUGAUAGGAGAAGCGGGCAAACAGCUGAGGCGGCGUACAGGGAUGGGCAGCGGUUUGAGUCUCUCGGGAGUUGUCCACCCAGAGUUAAGUCGCAGCGGUGAACUGGCAGUGCAGGCUCUGGAGCAGUUUGCCACUGUAGUGGAGUCCAAGCUGAUGAAGCACAAAAAAGGGAUCAUCAAUGAGCAGUUCCUGCUGCAGCGCCUGGCAGAUGGAGCCAUUGACCUCUAUGCCAUGGUGGUGGUUCUCUCCAGAGCCUCAAGGUCCCUGAGUGAGGGCCACCCCACAGCACAGCAUGAGAAAAUGCUCUGUGACAGCUGGUGUAUUGAGGCUGCAACACGGGUCAGAGAAAACAUGGCUAGCCUGCAGUCCAACCCUCAGCAGCAGGAGCUCUUCCGUAACUUCAAAGGCAUCUCCAAGGCCAUGGUGGAGAGUGGUGGCGUUGUCACCAGCAACCCCCUUAGAGUCUGAUACUCCCAAUCAGGCCUAGCAUGGUUAUGUGCCUUACGCCAAAACACAGGUCCCCUUUAUGGGGGCCCUGGCUCCCCUGUUUGUUCUCUGGAGUAUUUACUGCCUUAAGAACAGUAAAUUUUCUACUAAGUCACUCUUUGCUACUGUA